AAAAUAUUUAUUGGGUAUGUGUACGUGACACGUGCACAUCCUGGGAUAUACUUCUCCAGACUUUGGUUUGUGUAGGCAACGCUUGACUGUCCAUAGCUAACUUGGUGAACUCUCAAUGUUGUUGAAAUGACCCAAGGACACUACAGCUGCGGAUAACCCGCAGGACCUAAUGGUGGCGCUGGGAAUCUGGAUUCAGGUAGGGCUUUUCAGCAAGGCUAAUGCUAAGGGUUAGAGACACAUAGCACCCCCUACAGCGAGUGCGAAUAAGAGGCUGACAGAAUCACGUGGCUUCCUCCUACCAAUAGCAAAGUAACAAUCGCUUCCUCUGUUCCCCAUGGAAACAACACCGCCCUCAAUGAUCCUCCCGCCCCUUCAGCGCUUGAGGUUUUGGUCUUUCAUUGAAAAUUCCGGAUGACAAUCAAACAUCCGCUUCUUCUGGCUGGACAGUUGGCGUCCGUGAAGCGAGUGACUACGCUGACUGGUCCAGAUGCGAAGGCUGGCUUAUUUUCACCCAAUGUUGCUUCUUUGGGGCGGGAUCUAGCGAAGACUCAGGGCCAAUCAGCGGCGACGUCGCUUGUGCGACUCCACGUCGGCAGCAGCUACGGGCAAGAUGGAGGCGCUGAUUUUGGAGCCCUCCCUGUACACUGUCAAGGCCAUCCUGAUUCUGGACAAUGACGGAGACCGACUCUUCGCCAAGUACUAUGACGACACCUACCCCAGUGUCAAGGAGCAAAAAGCCUUUGAGAAGAACAUUUUCAACAAGACCCAUCGGACGGAUAGUGAAAUCGCCCUGUUGGAAGGGCUGACAGUGGUCUAUAAAAGCAGCAUUGAUCUCUAUUUCUAUGUGAUCGGCAGCUCCUAUGAAAACGAGCUGAUGCUCAUGGCUGUUCUGAACUGCCUCUUCGACUCCCUGAGCCAGAUGCUGAGAAAAAACGUAGAAAAGCGAGCUUUGCUGGAGAACAUGGAGGGGCUCUUCUUGGCUGUGGAUGAAAUUGUAGAUGGAGGGGUGAUCCUAGAGAGCGACCCCCAGCAAGUGGUGCACCGGGUAGCUUUGAGGGGUGAAGACGUCCCCCUUACAGAGCAGACCGUGUCUCAGGUAUAUCUCUUCUCUCUUCAUCCCCCCAGUGGAUUUGAAUUCGGGGGGAAUUUCCCAAACUGACAAUCCUCUAGGGCCUUAGAGAGCUUCCUCCUAUUCUUCCACCCUUGGGAUUUUCUAUCCCCUGUUCUUCUAAGGAGAGGGAAGGCAAGUGUGGGGAAGGAGAGCCUCAGCCUGCUCACUCCCUGCGGUUUGCAAGCCCCCCUCAGUGCUGCCUUUGUCUCCACAGGUGCUGCAGUCAGCCAAAGAGCAGAUCAAAUGGUCCCUCCUUCGGUGAAGGUGUUCUGAGCCCAGUUCCUUGCCCCUCAAAGCCCACAUCUGCUGUGACUUCUUAUCCAGGCCCCCCAACUUACGUCCUUAGGGUCAUCUUGGAGAAUUGCAAUGGAUUCUUGUGUCUCAUACUUUCUGGGGUUCUUUCCCCUCCCUCUCAUGAGAGUAAAGUCCCCAGCAUAUUUGAGUGAGUCAGAGAAAACACCCUCGUCCUACUUACACUGGUCUCGUCCCCCCUAUCCCCCCCUCAAAUCCCCCAUUCUCUCCUUGGUUUCUUGGCCCUUUACUGUGGCUGUACUUUAGAUCAACAAAGUAAGAGAAAGAAUGUGCUGAGUGUUUUCUUCCCUGUGCCUUAAGGGCCCUCAUCCCAGCAGCCCAUAUAUCCAGCAAAGGGAGGACUACUAUCUUCAGCACAAGUGGGUUUGGAGUGGCAGAGGCCAUAUGUUCUUUGCCGCAGCUUCUCUCCUUCCUGCUGCCCUAUCCUCUGCCUUAGAAGAAAUGGGAACACCUUAUAGGGAGUGGACAGAGCUGCAGAGGAACCGUGAUUUAAAGGCUCUUGGAGUUAUGAAGUGCAUCCUCUACCCUGAUCUGGCCUUCAGCCUCCAAGCUGCUAUACCUGCACGUGGUCCUGAGAACAUCUCUCUAGGUCUGUACCACACCUCUCUGCCUGUAUCACCUGUGAGAUCUUUGCCUGGUGUGGCCUCUGUCACCCUGGAGCAAAACCAGACCUUGGAACUAAAACUACUUUAGUCCCUAGAAAAGUUUAUGCUCAGAACUGAGGAAGGAAAGGGCCUAAUGGUGUUUGCCUUGCUGUGUUCCUUCUACUCAGCGUCACACUCACAUUCCUCUGCCUUGGUUCUACAAUCUGCUGUUGAGUUCCCCCUCUCUGCAUCAGUCUUCCCUAGAAGCAGGGGGUCUGGUGCAGUGCCUUUCCUCUGAGGCUUGGAUUCCUGUUCUUGGGUGUAAUGUUGCCCCUUGACCCCACAUCCCUGUGAAAAUGACUUGGAAAAAAAAAAAAAACGUUUCUGAGCAAGCAUUCUGCUUCAUGCAUUGGCUGAAGUGGGCAGACUGAAGGCGGCCUCUGCAAGAAAUGGAGUCAGGCGAAGUCCACCUUGUACACUGCUGUGCAGCAGAGGAAUAAAGAAUCUCUUCCAAA